AUGCCGCGAACACAAGACGAGAGCACCCAUCAGCAGAGGCACAGCAGCAAUGGCACUCCUACCAGCCCGCAGCAAAAGCAAGAGAUCAUGUUGGAGCUCCGCAAGUACAUCCUGCUGCUGGCGUCGCUGGUGGCCACGGUGACUUACGCCGCCGGGUUCAGCCCACCGGGUGACGUCUGGCAGGACACGGCCGGCGACCACAUCGCCGGCGACCCCAUCAUCCGGGAUACCCACUACAAGCAGUACGUGGCCUUCUUCUACUGCAACGCCACCGCGUUCGCCGCGUCGCUCGUGGUCCCUCGUCCUCGUCCUCAUCCUCGCCUCCCUCGACGACAAGGAGAGCUCCUCCAACUCCUGGAUCGUCAGCCAGUACAGGAACCACCCCAGGCUCGCCGUUCGGCCGCUGCAGCUGGUCAUGGUGGUGGACCUGCUCAGCCUCAUGGGAGCUUCCUACGCUGCCGGCACCUGCCGGGACACGUGGCGGUGGCCUCGUACUUCACCGACACCGGCUCCGGCGGCGUGCCCGAAGGCCAAGUCGAAGAAAGGCACCCGGUCCCGGACGACGCGCCUGCUUCCCUGGCUAGCGGAAACCCCAACUCCGGUUCCGGCGGCGGCGUGGCCGAACCCGAAGCCGUCGAAAAAGAAGAAGAACGGCAGAAGCCGAAAGAAAGGUUCCGCAACAAGGUCCUCAUGGUGAUGGCGGCGCUUCCUUCAGUGCCCGGCAACAACCCCCAAUCCAGCUCCGGCAGCGUGCCCAACAAGGUCGAACAAGACAAGGCGAAAGAACGGUUCCGCAAGGUCCUGAUGCUUCUCGCGACGUUCGCCGUGAGCAUCACGUACUUGGCCGGGCUGAGCACGCCGGGAGGCUUCUGGGACGUCGCCGGCGCCGGACACGGCCCCGGCGACGCCAUCCUCAAGGACCGUCACAACACGCGCCUGGCAGUGUUCUUCGGUUUCAACACCCUCGCCUUUGUCGCGUCACUGCUCAUCAUCGUGGUGCUUCUGGACACGAAGCUCCGCAAGAUCAAUGCCUACGGGUUCAUCGUCGUCGCGCUGUUCAGCCUCGUCGUCGCGUACAACGCCGGCAGCUGCAGGCAGACCGACACCACCGUCUACGUGUUCAGCCUCAUCCCUGCCGUUCUGGUGUACAUUUUGUUCCUCUACUUUGUCGCAGAUCACAUCCACGCCACAUGGGAAGCAAUAAAAAAACUUUUCAGGGUCAGGGAGGGUAAAACAGAGAAGGAGAAAGCAGCAGACAAGGCUCGCUCUCUCGUCCUGCUGCUCGCCACUCUGGCGGCGACGAUCACCUACCAAGCGGGGCUGGAACCGCCGGGCGGCGUCUGGCAGGACAACAGCGGCGACCACACAGCCGGCGACCCGAUCCUUCUGACGACGAAUCCCCGGCGGUAUAAGGCUUUCUUCUACUGCAACUCGGUGUCGCUGGUGGCGUCCCUGGUCGCCAUCAUGCUGGUCCAGAGGAAGCAUCUGCUCAAGCACCAUGUGCUGGAGGCGGUCAUGAUACUGGACCUAUUCGGCCUUAUUGGUGCGUACGCGGCCGGGAGCUGCCGCGAUGUGAUCACCUCCAUCCACGCCAUGGCAUUGGCUGGCGCCGUCCUUGUCUACGUGGUCAUCCACGUCAUCUUCAUCACGCUGGAUGACGACACGCGCACAAGGAGCGAGAGUGACAAGAAAAAGGACAAGGAGUUGGUGGAGAAGACACGCAAGCGGCUGCUCCUCUUCGCCAUCUUGGCGGCGACCAUCACCUACCAAGCCGGCCUCACUCCGCCAGGGGGGUUCCUGCUCCAGGACGACCAGUCCGGGCACCACGCCGGUGACCCGGUCCUCUUGUACAACUUCCCGCGCCGCUACAAGGCCUUCUUCUACUGCAACUCGGUGAGCUUCAUGCUGUCCAUCGCCCUCAUCAUCCUCCUCGUUAACCCCAACCUGUACAGGCCAGCCAUACGGACCCAUGCGCUGUCCGUGUGCACGGCCGUAGGCUUGUUUGGCCUGUUGGGAGCCUACGCCGCCGGAAGCACGCAGCAUUUGAAGACAUCCAUCUACAUAUUCGUGUUGGUAGCGGUGGUCGUUGUCGUUUUCUUCAUAGUUCUCCUGUUCCUGGUGUUUUGGUUCACCAGCAGCAGCAAAGAUACUACACCAUUACUAGCAGGAGCAGGAACAACGGAAGAGACCGACGAUACACAAGACAAUAAGGAGGAGAACACCAAGAGAAAGAAGAGGAGAGUGCAUGCCAAGUAA